AUGAAUGAAAAUCAUAUGAGUUCAUUAAAAAGACUAAAAGAGAUAUCUAAAAUGAUAGAAGCUACCCUUCAUCAAAAUAACAGAUUGAAAAAUAUUUUAGCUAGUGAAUUGUAUUUUAGAAAAAAGUGUGAAGCUUCUUUAGAAUUAAUUGAUAAUACUACAAAUGAACAAGAAUGCUAUAGAAAAGUAUCAAAAAUAUUUAUUAAAAAACCAAGAGAUUCUUUAAAAAAGGAAUUAAAAGAAGAAAUUGGUGAAUAUGAAAAGCAUACUCCACAUUUAGUUGAGUUAAGAAAAAAACUAGUUGAUAAAUUAUCAAAUUUAAAAGAGCAAUUUGUUCAAACUCAUGAAUGUAUUGAAAAGGAAACAAAUAGAAAUUCUUAA